AGCACCCGAGCUUGUGGGGGAAAGACCAGCCUCUUGCAGGGAGGCCGGGAGCCUGGGGUAUCCGUCAGGCGGCCCUUGACGCCCUGGCCCCACGGCCCCUACGUCUUCUGCUCUCCGCCUGCCUCUUCCUCUUUCUCUUUCUGUCUGUCUGUCUCUCUCUCCUGUUUCUAGGGAUCCUCACUGCUUUGCCAAUUCCUUUCCUCCCCUCAGCGCCCUGUGUCUCCGACUCUGCCUGCCUGUGACAUGCACUGUCCCUGGGCCCGUAGGCAGUGGCCCCCAGCAGGACCGGCCAUGAAGAUGCUGAUUGCAGCUCUGGUCCUGACCGCAGCAGUCCAGGCCGAGAGGAAGGAUAAGGUGCUGUCCGGCGGGCCCUGCGAGCGGAUGUCUCACCCCUACCAGGCUGCCCUCUACAACUCCGGCCAGCUGCUCUGCGGGGGGGUGCUCAUCCACCCGUCGUGGGUCCUCACGGCUGCGCACUGCAAGAAACCGAAUCUCCAGGUCUACCUGGGGAAGCACAACAUUUACGAGAGAGAGAGUUUCCAGGAGCAGAGCUCUGUUGUCCAGACCGUGGUCCACCCUGGCUUCGACGCUGCCACUCAUGACCAGGACAUCAUGCUGUUACGCCUGAGGCGCCCAGCCAAUCUCUCGGACCGCAUCCGGCCCCUGGCCCUGGAGAGGGACUGCUCAGCCAACCGCACCAGCUGCCAAAUCCUGGGCUGGGGCAAGACAGCGAGUGGUGUGUUCCCUAACACCAUCCAGUGUGCAGACGUCCACCUGGUACCUCGUGAGGACUGUGAGCGUGCCUACCCUGGCCAGAUCACCCAAAACAUGGUGUGUGCUGGGGACGAGAAGUACGGCAAGGAUUCCUGCCAGGGCGAUUCUGGGGGUCCGCUGGUGUGUGGAGACCGUCUCCGAGGCCUGGUGUCAUGGGGUAACGUCCCCUGCGGAUCCAAGGAGAAGCCGGGGGUCUACACCAACGUCUGCAGAUAUCACCAGUGGGUCCGGAGAACCAUUUGGGCCAACUCAUUCUGACAUGUGGCAUCCAACCCUUGACCUCGGCCCCCACUCACCGCCUCUAAAAUAUCUCUGAUCAAGACCAUGCCUCCUCCCCCCACUCCCGUCCAGAAUCAACCCUUAAUGCUUCAUGCUGCUUGAUUUUACCCCAACCCCAUCCCUGGGGGUGAGUGGGGACACAGGCUGAGGUCUUGGCCCCACCACUAAGAGAAAACAGGGACGUCGCUUCCGAGCAGCCCUCCCUCCUGAUUAUCCCAGGGGCGCGUUGUCUCCCCGAAGAGGAGUAGUCUCACGCCUGGAGAAACCCGGGUUGGGAUCCCAGCUCUGCCUCUUGCUGCCCGUGCAGACUCACAUCUGUAAAACAGGAUAACAGUAUGCUCCUCAUAACUCAGGGGCCGCAGUUGGGAGGGUUCAAGGUCUCGAGCAUGGGAAACGGGCCCCAGUGCCUGGCUCGCCUGCCUGCUGAAUAAAGAGUAGAUUUCAUUGCU